AUGGAUGUAAACGAAAUCGAAACGUGCUCGUUUUCGUCCUUUAACACAAAGUCCACGAACAAAUGGCCCUUGAACAUUAUACCCUGUCAGCAAACAAUCAACAUUAAUCCUAUUGGCAAGCCAAUACCAAAUAAACGAGGAAGAAAACCACUAACGACGAUGCCUUCUACGAAAAAACAUAUUCAAAAUUUGGCGAACCAAAGAGCUUUUCGUCAAAGGCGCGAUAACUACGUAAAAAAUUUGGAAAGUAAGGUCUUAGAUCUUGAAAGACAACAUAGUUCUGCUCAAAAUGAAAUUAAAAAUUUAAGAGAUGAGGUGGAAAUGCUAAGAAAAAAGCUCGAUUCUUCUAGGUCAACAAGGAACGAAGCGAUGAAGAACGCUGAUAAUCGAGAUUCAGAUACACGUUAUGGAAGCAUUGUUGGUUCUGCAAUGUAUCAAGCAAUAAUCGAAGAUAGUCAGAAUGAAUGUGACGCCAUAAUGAAUGAUGUAAAUCAAACACCUAAUGGAAUAUAUAUUCAUCAACCCACAAUUUCAUAUAACGAGCAACAGCCCCAAUAUAACCAAAUUAAAGUAGUGCGACAGCUUAAUCAGCUCAAAGAAAAUAAAUUGUCGCUGUCAUAUAAACGUAGUAAACCUGGCUCAUUUCCUAAUACGUCGAACUCCAAUUCAAUCGAAUCAGUUGACGAAAUUAUUCAUAGUCCUUUAUUUUGUGACCCCAAAGGAAGCAACAUUUGCUUUAGUGAGUCAAUUAAUGGUGAUUUGGGCUUAAGCGGUGCAAAAAUUUCAUCCCAAAUACCUACGAUAGACUCCAUGGGUAAAUACAUUUUCGGUCAAAAAACAUCCAUUUCGCAGCGCGAUAAUCAAUCAUGGAUUCAUCAAAAUCAUCCUUAUUUCAAUCCUCCUCCUACUGUAACCACAACGGUAGGAACCUCCUUUACUCAACAACACCACCCCUUGAAUUUAAAAUGGAUUCUUCGUGAGGAACAAAACAUUGAUUGA